AUGGCGUCGCCUCUGCCGCCGAUGGAGGCGCUCGAUCUCGCUGAAUUCGACCUCAUCGACCUUCAGGCCGUGUCUUCGGCGACGACCGUUCAAGAUGAGAAGCUCAAAACCACUGAACCCUCUUCUACUGCCUCCAUCGACUCUUCACUACCCAAGCCCGAAGAUGGCUUCCGAUUCAGCGAUCUCGACCUCGUUUCCGAAGCACUGGUGCUCACCUCGUACGCGCGAUUCAAGGGCCUCGUCAAGAAAGACAACAGCGAGCAAUGGGAAGAGGUGAACGGCCUGGAGAAGCUGGAGGUGGGCUGCGGCUACCGCACGGAGAACAGCAUCCCCAUCCGCCGCCUCUCUCGCGACGAGCUCCUCAUCGGAGGCAAGAUCCGCAUGCUGCUCGAGAGGCUGCCGCCGGGCUGCGCCUCGCCCGCCCGAGGCAAGUACCUUGCCACCUUGAGGGGCUACUUUGACAGGAGCACCGGCGUCAUCGCCCUCGAGGCGCUCAGCCAGAUGAAGUUUGAGAACGGCAUCCCGCUGGCCCACUACAACCGUGAUGGUCCCUCGGAUAAGUGCCUGCGCGUGCACAGCUUUGACAAGAUCAGGAUCGGCAUCGCCUACAUGGUGGCCUACACGGACGGCCUGCUCAAGUUCAAGCGUAUCUCGCAGGGCGAGAUCUACAUUCACUACAAGCGACGCAGGGAGAUGCUCGUCGUGCGGAGCCAGGAGAUCAAGACCGGCAAAAUCGAAGCCAUCAAGUGCAAGAAGCGCACGCCCCUCGUGGACGCCGACAAGGAGAACCUGCAGAACCUGGCCGUUCCGUUCCCCCGCGGCAAGGGCCGCAAUGGCGGUCGGUCGCCCGUCAAGCGCCGCACGUCGAUGGCCGCCUCCGGCCUCCACAAGUCGUCCACCGCGACCGCCGCCAAGGGCAAGAAGCCGACCGCGAGCACCGACGACAAGCCCAAGCGCGGCGGCUUCAGCAUCUUCAGCUACUUCUUCUCGGCGCGCCCGUCGGCUUCGUCGGUGUCGCCGCCGGCUUCGCCCCUGCGUCGCUCGCCCGCACGCAAGGCCAACAACCGGCGUAAGAGCAUGGGCGCCGCACUGUUCUCGGACAAGGAGAAGGAGGAAAUCAUGGCCUCGUCGGGCGGCGCGCCGCCGCCUCCGCCGCCUCCCGGCGCGCCCAUGCCGCCCCCGCCCCCAUUCGCCACCCCGCUCGCGCCGCCCCCGCCCGGCGGCCUUAGGCUCGGUGCCAAGCGCGGGCUGAGCCUCCAGGCCAACGGUGACUUUACCACGCCGACGCCCCGCAAGAAGAUGCGCUCGCUCUACUGGAGCGUCAUUCCCAAGGACAAGCUGCAGCAGACAGUGUGGUGUUCGCAGGAGGUGCUGAGCAGCCCUUCGAUCAACGUGGAUGUUAGUCGGCUGGAGUCGCUCUUUUCGGUGUCGCCCGACAAGAAGACCAACAAGUUCACGCCCCGGUCGGGCAAGGAGGCCAACCAGUCGCCCCUGGUCGCCAUCCUCACCCUGCCCCGCCUCAACAACAUCGCUAUUCUUUUGUCGCGGUUCAAGAUUAGUGAGGAGGAGAUCAAGAGCGCUAUCCUCGCGAUGGACGACACGGUGCUCACUAGCGAGAACGUCAACGCGCUCCUCUACAUCACCCCUAAGGACGACGAGGUGCGCGCCCUCCGCGCCUUCCGGGAGAAGAUGGACCCCGCCCUUCCGCUGGGCAAGGUCGAGCGCUUCAUUUUCACGAUGAUCGAGAUCCCGCGGCUCGAGAAGCGACUGGAGAUGUUCCAGUGGAAGCUGCAGCUGGAGCCCUCCGUCGCCGAACUGCGCAAGUCGCUCGCCGCGCUGGCGGCCGCGUGCGAGGAGGUCAAGUCCAGCAAGCGUCUCCCCGUGCUCCUCAAGGCCGUGCUGAUCAUCGGCCAAGUGCUAAACCGGGACUCGUACCUCUUCAUCUCCGAUGGCUUCCGCAUCGAGUCACUCAUGAAGCUUACGGACACGAAGGGCAAAGACAACUCGACGACGCUCGACUACCUGGUCAAGGAGAUCGAGGAGAAGAUGGUGGACCUCAUCACCUUUUCCGAGGAUAUCCCACACGUUGAGGCCGCGGCCAAGGUCCAAAUGGACCACCUCACCUCCGAGCUCGCCAAGAUGCGGGCUCACCUCACACAGAUGCAACACGAACUCAAGAUCGUGUCGCUGCAGCAGCAGCUGGCCACCACCAGCACCGAGGCGGCCGAGCAGAAGCGGCGCAUGUUUGAGUCCUACGGCGAAGUUGUCACCGCGCUGCACGACGAGGCCUCGGUGAAGGUGAAGGAGGUGAGCGACGCCAUGGACGAGGCCACCGCCAAAUGGAAGGAGCUCGCCCUCUUCUACGGCGAGGACGGGGAGAAGAUGGCGCCGCAGCAGUUCUUUGGCAUCCUGCACACCUUCGUGCAGCAGUUCAACAACGCCCGGACGGAGGGCAUCAAGCGGCGGGCGCGGGCCGAGCAGGAGCGCCUGCGCAAGGAGAAGGAGGAGCGCGCCCGGCUGGCCAAGGAGGAGCGCGCCCGGCAGAAGCAGCAGGAAGCGGAGGAAGAGGAAGAGAGGAGGCGACAGCAGCAGCAGCAGCAACUCGAAGAGGAAGAGGAGGCGAAGCAGCAACAGCGCGAGAGCGCUGACAACAGCGACGUCGGCGAGGAGGAGAAUGGCAACGAGAGAGAUGAUGAAGAUGAAAAGGAAGAGGAAGAUGAUAAGGAGGAAGAUGAUGCUGGUGGGGCGGCGGAAGCUGGCACGGACGACAGCGGCCUGGACCAGGCCGAGGAGGCCGAAGCGGAGGCUCAGGAGGAACCUGCAGAGGAGGCGGAAGAAACGGAAAAGGAAGAAGAGGAAGAAGAGGUGGUCAAGGUCGCGCUCUCGGUGGAAGAGGCUGUGUCGGAGGACGAGGAAGAGGCCGAAGAGGAGUUUGCCAGUCUGCCCGAGAUGAACGAUUCAACGGAGGAGAUCUCGCUCUACGACGAUGAUGCCAACGAAGAUGCGGAUGAUUGA